CAUCAGGCUUAACUUGAAUAGCUCCUGUGCUGUAUUGCAGCAAGGUGGACCGGGGCGUGAGGUGGCAGGGAGCAAUGCGCGCAUCCUCAGAGCUGGACAUUUUGUUAGUGGUGUCCUAAACAAUUUCAUUAGGCCAUACAUCGUCAGCUGGCGAACUGCGUCACUGCCUGCGAGUGUUGCAGGUAGGCAGUAAACUCUCCCACCAGCCGGGAGAGGAGCAUCCUCCUCCCCGCACAAUGUCGCCGGUAAGUGCUUAACAAUUUACCGGGGAUGGAUUCGGCGGAUCAUUCAAGCAAAGAUCCGCCACUCGGGUCCACAUAUUCCUCAGCACCCAAUUUAGACUCGGACAUUAACGCCAAUGCCCGCAGGCCUGUUUAUCAGAAUGGGACGGACCACAAUGUCAACAUCCACAUCGCAGCCCUGCGAGGAUCUAGUGACCCCAGCGCGUACCCGUCCACAGACUACCGGCAGCUGGUCCGCCAGAGGUUUGUCCGCCGGAGUUUGUGGGUGUCAGACUCCGAGGAGCAGCAGCCGGUGGAGUGUGUCGACAGCAACCCGGUGCCCCGCAUUGACCUGCGGACCAUCGUCGAUCGCAAUCGGACCCGGGUCCUGCACGGGAACCACCUGGAGACCUCAAGCACGGAGAGCCAGGUGGGACUGAAGGACAGCGCCACAGAGAGCGUAAGCGCCGACGAGGAGAGGAGGGACCGGGGCGAACCGGAGCAGAAGGUGGAGGUCGCGCCCUCGGAUGUCACAGGUAAAGCCGGAAGUGACGAGAACGAAGAGGAGCCCGGGAUGAAGGCUGUGUCCACCUCACCUGGGGGGCGAUUCCUCAAGUUUGACAUUGAGCUGGGGAGGGGGUCCUUUAAGACCGUCUAUAAGGGUCUGGACACCGACACCUGGGUCGAAGUGGCAUGGUGUGAACUCCAGGAACGGAAACUGUCCAAAGCUGAGAGACAGAGGUUCAAGGAGGAGGCCGAGAUGCUAAAGGCUCUCCAGCAUCCCAACAUCGUGAGGUUUUAUGAUUUCUGGGAAUCACCGGUUAAAGGGAAGAAGUGUAUCGUUCUAGUGACGGAGCUGAUGACCUCAGGGACACUAAAAACGUAUCUGAAGCGUUUCAAGGUGAUGAAGCCUAAAGUUCUGCGGAGCUGGUGCAGGCAGAUUCUCAAAGGCCUCCACUUCCUCCACACGAGGACGCCUCCAAUCAUCCACAGAGACCUCAAGUGCGACAACAUCUUCAUCACCGGUCCCACAGGCUCCGUCAAAAUAGGAGACCUGGGCCUGGCAACACUGAAGAGGGCCUCCUUUGCUAAAAGUGUUAUUGGCACUCCAGAGUUCAUGGCCCCAGAGAUGUAUGAGGAGCACUAUGACGAGGCUGUGGAUGUCUACGCCUUUGGGAUGUGUAUGCUGGAGAUGGCCACCUCAGAAUAUCCAUACUCUGAGUGUCAAAACGCUGCUCAGAUCUACCGCAAAGUCACCAGUGGGGUGAAACCUGCCAGCUACAGCAAAGUCAGUGACCCAGAAAUUAAGGAAAUAAUCGGGGAAUGUAUCUGCCACAGAUGGGAAGAAAGGUACUCCAUUAAGGACCUCCUGAAUCACGCCUUCUUUGCAGAGGAUACAGGCGUGAGGGUGGAGCUCAACGAAGACGAUGAUGGGAAGAAAUCAUCGAUUGCUCUGAAGCUGUGGGUGGAGGACACUAAAAAGCUCAAGGGGAAGUACAAGGACGCUGGAGCCAUUGAGUUUUCCUUUGACUUGGUGAACGAGGUCCCAGAGGUCGUUGCCCAAGAAAUGGUGGAAUCAGGUUUUUUCCUAGACAGUGAUGUUAAGAUAGUUGGGAAGUCCAUCCGGGAUCGCGUGGCUCUCAUCAAAUGGAGGAGGGAGCGGACGGUCUCGCCAGGAAAUGGCGAGGUAGCUGUGAAGAAGCCUCAACAGAACCUGCUCCAGGUGCCCGGUACCGUCGCACCACAGGCACCUGCAUUAGCUACGACAGAGUUUGAGGACCAGGAGGCGGAGCAGCAGACCCUGAUCUGUACUGUGCCUGCCAUCACGUCUACCACAUCUGACACCGGAGUGAGCUCCACCAUGCAAUUAGAUGAGCUAAACAAUCAGCAAAAUGGCACCUACCAGUCUCUUCCAGAGCCCAUUUCCACAUCUCAGAUGAUCUACAGUCCUCCUGCACAGGUUGACCCUCAGCUGCACCAGGGGCCCUACCAGCAACCCACAGCACAGGCCCCUCAUGAAAACUACACACAAACAUCCACUCAACUACAACAGGGAGCCUACCAGCAAACCACAGGUCAGCUGCACCCAGGGGCCUAUCAUCAACCUGCAGCACAACUGCACCAGGGGCCUUAUCAGUCUCAAACAUGCCAUCUCCAACCAGCUGCUGUCCCUCCCCAGGUACAGAUGAUUGCACCACAGGUCUUACCUGCUGGUCAGACUGCUCUUUGGGGAAGCGGAGUAGAUACAGAAACUUCUGCAGCUGGCCAAGACUUCACUGGAGCAGCUCCAGUCUCAAUCUCAGCCACAACCCAAGUUGAAACUCAAGCCCCAGCACAAAACCAACCACCGCUCCCAGCAGUCAUGCCUCAAACUUCAGUCUCAACCUUUGUUAGUGCCCCGACUUCAGUCCAAAUGCAAGGUCCAACAUCAGUGCAAGCCAUAGCUCCAGCAGCAGGUCAAGCACCAGUCUCUGCAUCCGGUCUCACUUACGAUUCUCCAAAAGGCUCAUCUACAAGCUCAGAUGCAUCGUCUGCAACUGGUAAACCCAAAAUAUCAGCCACAGAUUUAGGCUCUGCCCCAGCCCCUGUCACGCUGCCAGCCUCGGCUCCUGUCGCAGCUCCAGUUCUGCAGCCUGCUGGCAUCCAGACAGCAGCCUCAGUGGCAGAGUGUGCCAGCCUGGCCACAACUCAGCAAAACUUCGAGUCGACAUCUGCAUCCAGCACCCUUCAACAAGAGCCCAGUGUAGAGGAUGUGCUUCAGGACAAACCCGUAUCUUUACCCAGUUAUGCAUAUGACAGUCUCAACUCCGAUGUUGCAUCUGGUAAGGAAACAAGUGACGGCUAUGACAGCUUGGCUAGUGGAGGUAAGGGGGACGGAAAGCCCAGGAAACACCACCGCAAGUCUGCCCGAACACGCUCCCGGCAAGAAAGGACGAGCAAACCCAAACUCAGCAUGCUCAAUGUUUGCAACACUGGUGAUAAAAUGGUCGAAUGCCAGCUGGAGACUCACAACCACAAAAUGGUGACAUUUAAAUUUGAUCUGGAUGGAGAUGCUCCAGAGGAAAUUGCCACUUACAUGGUAGAGAAUGGGUUCAUCCUUCCGCCAGAGAAAGAGAUAUUCAUCGACCAGCUAAAGGACAUUGUGGAUAAAGCUGAAGACAUGCUGAAUGAAGACAUGGAGGGUGAAAGGGCCUCUGCCUUGAGCUGUAGUCCUGAACAAGGGCUGAUUGCUGAGGGGCUGGUGGGGGAGAGUCAGCAGCCAGGAGCACCUCAGCCUGUCUAUCAGCAGAAUGUUCUUCAUACGGGAAAGAGAUGGUUCAUAAUCUGCCCAGUAGAGGAGACGCCCACAUCCAGCCAGGACACCACGUCUGAUGGGACGGCCACACAGUCUCCUGGGAGUUCAGCCACCACUCAGCCUGCUGACAGCGGCACUGCACGGCCGUCUGUAUCCAGAGAUGGGUCAUCCUCCACAAUGUCUGGUGGAAGUGGAGGCUUCACCUAUGAUGUGUACGGAUUCUGCAGUCCUCCCAUUAUGUCCAACACCGACCCUCUCCUCUUAGCUACUCUGUCUCCGCCUGUGUCUGCUCCCCCAACCCUGCAGUCAGUGACAUCAGUGGAGCCUGCUGGCAGCUCGGUGCAGCCCAGUGUUCAUCAGGCUCAGCCAGCCAGAGCUCAAACUUUGCCCCCAUCUUCCACACAUAUGCCUUUCCAAGUGGAUGAGUCACAGGGGUCCCCUCUGGGCCCCGUCUCCCCGAUCCAUGCAGCUCAGCCGAUGCCCGACAUGACAUGCCCUGUGUCCAUGGCUGACGAGGUGCCCUGCUGCCCUCUGGUCAUGCCCCUGUCUCUUGAUGUGAGCGGCUUACAGGGAGGGUCUCCUCUUACUCCUCUUCCACUCCAGGAGCCGGGCUCAGCCAAAGAACCGAUGUCCGUCUCCUACGCCUCCGCAGCGUGCAGCGAACGUCCACAGCAGCCCGUGGUGCUGCACCAGCCAUUUUCCAGCGUGGGGGGGACAAAAGUGUCCUCAUUACCCCAAAGCCCAGCGCCAUCCCAGCACGGUGCAGGGCCCAACGAGUCAGACAGCGAAGGACGGCUGGGCCGCGGGGGCUUUGUGGACAGCACCAUAAAAACACUGGAUGAGAAACUAAGGAACUUGCUCUACCAGGAAUAUGCACCCAUGUAUCCGUCAGGCAGCGCUGCAGAGACACCCGGCUCCUGCACUGAGUACAUCCAGUCUCCUCCUGGUCCAGACAGCGCCACGGGAGGGUCAGGAAACAGCACGCCGGGGCCGAUGGGGGAGGGACGCUACAGAGCAGGAGAGCAGCUGCCUCAAAUCCCAGAGAGAAUGGAUAGUCUGAGCACACUGAGUGACUCAGCCGUGUGCGCAUCCCUGUCAAGAAGACACGUCCCUCACUCUGCUUCCUGCUCCGGAACGAGAGGCCGAUUUAAGAUAAUCUCUGUUCCUCCUGAAGUGGCCAACAGACGAGACGUGAAGCAGAGGAGCUGGAGCAGUGCCGCUUCGCCGGCUCACCCAGUGGGAUACAGUGAGGACCUAGUCCAGGCUGAGGCAAUGACCGCCUCCACCCAGAUUGGCCGUUUCUCUGUGGUUAGCACUGAAGAUGAUAUCACACAGAGGACACGUUGCAGCCGCUACUCUGCCCCUCCUGAUUUCUACCUGGACACACCUCCAUCUAUGGCCAAGCGGGGCUCCCUGCCUCGCGCCAUGACCUCGAACUCUGUCUCUGUGGACGUCACGGUCCAUGCUCGUUUCCUCUCUUCGGACUCAGGCGCCGAGAGCAGCCCUGCAAAGCUGGCUCCUGCCACCCCGUCUCAGCAUACUCGCUCUGAGCGCAGAGGAAGUGACCUCAUGAAGAGGGCAGUGGCCUUCCUCCGUCGUUCAGGUCGCAGCAGCAGUGUGCAGAGCUCCGACUCACCGAAUCGGCAUGGAGGCGUGCAUGGCUCGGCCUAUGCCAGCAGCGAUAAUGACUCAGAGAUGGAGGACUCUGACAUGAAGAAGGAACUACAGAGACUCAGGGAGAAACAUCUGAGAGAGAUCUCUGAGCUGCAGGCCCAUCAGCGGGGAGAGGUGGAGCUGCUGUAUCGCCGGCUCGGCAAAGCCCCUCCUACCGGCCUGGGCCUCUCGCAUGUCGCACCGCAUGCCGGCCGCAGGAAGAGGUCCAGCAAGCACAGACUGAAGCCUGGCAAACUUCUCAGCCCUCUGGUUCAACAAUUUAGAAAUGUCACAACCAAAAACAGUGACUCCAGCAGAUCCAGUGCUGCUACAGCUACAGGUGAGCCCACAGUGAGUUUAAAUGGCUCCCCAGCCAAAGGUUCCUUUCCCACUCACGGCAGGGCACGGUCAUGCACCAGCCACCUCCCCAGCUCCACCUCAGAGCCUGUGCAGACUCAGCAGCCCUGUUCCCUCAAGGGCUCUUUGUCUUCUGAUAAUAUUUACGCGGGGCUACACGGAGACGGCACCGGCACACAAGCUCCACCCGGACAAGGCUGGUCUAAUUACCCUCAAACAUCUGAGAGAGUGACCUAUAAAUCGAGUAGCAAGCCGCGAGCUAGAUUUCUCAGUGGGCCUGUGUCUUUGUCUAUCUGGUCAACACUGAAGCGACUAUGUCUCGGCAAAGAGCGUGGCAGCAGGUCUGGAGCUGGACCAGGGGCUUUCAAUCCAUCACAGCAGGCGGCUACCGGCACCACGCCUCCUUCUCAUCAGCCAGUAAAGGGACUGGCCCAAGCUCAGGCCAAUAACAGCAACAACAAGACAGCCACCUACACCGGCUCAUCCAUGAGUGCCAAUGAAAACAACCUGCCUGAAGACUUGCAGCGGCUGAUGGAGGACUGGGCCCAGGAGGUUCUUAUCGUCACCCACAGGCCGCGCACUAACUCUCUGAGCAUCAGCGGGCAGCAGCUUUGGAAUCAGGUUGUUCCUCAAACACGUGGACAACUGGCUAGUGCUUUAGAUGUAUCAUGGACAGUUCCAGGUCCAGAGGCCUCCAGUCUUCCCCUGUCGUGGCCUGAUAGCCCUGGGUCAACAACAAUGACCAGCCCCUCGACGAGGCCCCAUCCCAGCUAUCAGCUCCGCUCUCCCGCUCCAUUCAGGGCCUUGUCCUCACCUCUCUCUGUAAGCCAGUGGCCUGGGUUGCUCUUUCCCCUUCCUUCAGGAGUCUUUGCCUUUCCUGCUGUGCCCUCAGCCCAGGACGGCCCCGGCCCCAUUCCAGCUCCAUCGUAUCAGCCGCCCGACCCCAGAGCCAGGACUCUGUAACCUGAGUAGCAUUGUGUCUUCCAA